AUAAAAAUUGUUUGGUUACUUAUAAGUACUUUUGAAAUAUGGUUUUUGUAUUGAAGAAUCUUUCUCUUAUUCUCUGACUUAAAAACAAAAGACAAUAUUCUGAAUUGGUGGAACCUUCAUUGACUUUGAGUAUUUAAUCCUAACAAUUGAAGCGGGAAGAUGAAAGAGCCAAUAUAAAAUAGCAUACAUCUUCUUCUGCAAGCUUACCUUACACUCUCUUUUCUUUUCCAUUUCCAUCUAUGGCUCGAAACAAGGAAGCUUUGCUUUUGUUGCUUGAUGUGGGCCCAUCCAUGCAUUCUGUUCUUCCUGAAGUUGAGAAACUCUGUUCCAUGCUUGUACAAAAGAAGUUGAUCUAUAACAAGUAUGAUGAAGUGGGAAUUGUCUUAUUUGGAGCACAAGACACGGAUAACGAACUAACUACAGAAGUGGGUGGAUAUCAACAUGUUGUGGUUUUGAAAAAUACUAAAGUGGUGGAUGGAGACAUUGUUGAGGCUUUACAACAACUGCCUCGAGGAACUACUGAUGGUGAUUUUCUUGAUGCUGUGAUUGUUGCCAUGGAUAUGCUAAUAAAAAAAUUCGGAGAAACUAACAAAGGAAAGAAACGUCUUUGCCUCAUUACAAAUGCGCAAUGUCCAAUAAAAGAUCCUUAUAAAGGAACAAAAGAAGAGCAAGUUACCACAAUUGCUCAAUCAAUGACAGCUCAUGGUAUGAGAAUGGAAAGUAUAAUUGUGAGAGGAAAGCUUACUCAAGAUGCAAACAAGGAAAUAAUGGACGAGAAUGACCUUCUUUUAAAUAUUUUCUCAAAGGAAACAUCGACAAGAUUGUUGUACGUGGAGGAUCCAAUUUCUUUGUUUGGUGCUCUCAAAACCCGAAAUAUAACUCCAGUUACAGUUUUCAGAGGGGAUCUUGAAUUCAGCCCAAAACUAAAGAUUAAGGUAAUGGUGUACAAGAAAACACAAGAAGAGAGAUUUCCAACUCUGAAGAAAUACUCUGAUAAGGCUCCUCAAACUGAUAAGUUUGCAACACACGAAGUCAAAGUAGAUUACGAGUACAAGAGUUCUGAAGAUCCGGAUAAAGUUGUCCCUCCAGACCAAAGAAUUAAAGGUUAUCGCUAUGGGCCUCAAAUAGUCCCUAUAUCGUCUGCUGAGUGGGACGCUGUAAAGUUCAAACCGGAAAAGGGUGUGAAGCUUUUAGGAUUUACUGAUUCUUCUAAUGUAUUGAGACACCAUUACAUGAAAGAUGUCUAUGUGUUCAUAGCCGAACCUGGAAAUACGAAAGCCAUGCUUGCGGUCUCUGCACUAACAAGGGCUAUGAAGGAAAUGAAUAAGGUUGCAAUUUUACGAUGUGUCUGGAGACAAGGACAAGGGAAUGUUGUCAUUGGAGUCUUGACACCCAAUGUAUCUGAUAGAGGAAAUAUUCCUGAUUCGUUUUACUUCAACGUUCUUCCUUUUGCCGAGGACGUGCGAGAGUUUCAAUUUCCUUCUUUCAGUAAUUUUCCAGCAUCGUGUCAGCCAAACGAACAACAGCUAGAAUCAGCAGCGAACUUCAUAAAAAUGCUUGAUCUUGCACCAGAUGGGAAAAAGGAAGUUUUGCUUCCUGACUUUACACCAAAUCCAGUACUUGCGCGCUUUUUUCAUUAUCUUGAUCUGAAAUCUAAGCAUCCAGAUGCCGCAGUACCUCCUCUCGAUUACACACUCAGAAAAAUCACGGAGCCUGAUACUGACUUGGUUUUGCAAAACCAGUCCAUCACUGACUCGUUUCAUAGGUCUUUUGAGCUGCAAGGAAAUCCCUUGAAAAAGCCAAGGCGUUUAUUGCGAGAAAAGAUAAGUGAUGAGGAGGGUAAAGAAAACAUUACAGCACAGCCUGUUGCAAAUCUCAUUGAAUAUACAUCUAUUAAAGUUGAGAAAAUCGGGGAUCUGACUCCUGUCCAAGAUUUUGAAGCCAUGAUUUCUCGCCGAGACAGUCCUGAUUGGAUUCUAAAAGCAAUCAAGGAUAUGAAAAAUAAAAUAUUUGAUCUAGUAGAGGACUCUCAUGAAGGUGAUAAUUAUAACAAAGCUUUGGAAUGUUUAGUUGCGCUUCGCAAGGGUUGCAUCCUUGAACAGGAACCGAAACAGUUCAACGAUUUCCUUAAACAUGUUUGCAAAUUCUGCCAAGAGAAGAGCCUUCAAAGUUUCUGUGAAUAUCUUGCUUCUAAAGGACUCACAUUGAUCUCCAAAACAGAAGCUAUAGACAGUGAUGUUACUGAUGAAGAAGCCAGAAGUUUCUUGGUAAAAUCUGAAUCCAAAGAGGUAAUACAAGAAAUGCUCUCUAGUUUUGGGAUAGAUGAAUAGUAGCGAUCUAUGAAUAUGAAGCCUGGAUACAGAGGAAGUAUUCAUAUCAGACACGGAUCAGAUACUCUUACGAUAUCUAUGAGUAUUGGAAUUAAUUUUUUAUUUUUGUUUUAAAUAUUUGGGCUUUGGUAAUCUAAAAUUUGAUUGGAACUAAGUAAAGUUUAGUUAAAAAUUGUUACAGUUAGAACUCAAACUCAGAUUCUCCUAGACGACUUGUCCUUAAUUGAAACUUAA